UCUCUCAAUUUGUUAUCCAACGCACUAACUCUAGGACGAUAAAACGUUUUCUCAAUUUCUUUAUUUUUAUAGAACGAUGCAUGCUAACUUAUGAACUAACUGGUUGUUCGAUCAGCAAUUUGUUUUAUACACCCUCUAUACAGAUUUUCAGAAGUGACCGAGUCGAAUUUAAUGUUUUUCUCAUAAAAGACAAAUUCAAUAUUCAAGCCGUCCACUGAUUCACUGAAGUAUUCCUUCUCAAUUUGUCUUCCCAGUUGGAUAGGUCCAUAAUUGUGAGAUCUCAACGGGGCGGCCCUGGCCGGCCGUUAGACCGAUACCGGACCGACUGCAUAUACGUAUACCUUGACCGGCGAUCGUAAUGUAACGAAUUGGCCGAAUGGAGAGUUUAUGUCAAGCCGCUGAAAUGGAAGCGAGUCGAGAAGGGAUCAUGCCCUCAGACCCUUUUGAUGACCAUGAUGGCUGCAGUGCAUUUACGCAUCAUCUGCCAAGUAGGCAGAAUAUUCAAAGAAAUUGGAAGAACAUCACAGAGGAGUUCAUUGAAGCUGCUUCACACCUUAAGCUUGGAGAACUUCUGCAUGACUCCAUUUUUGGAUUAUUUGAGGCCAUGUCUGCCAUUGAGAUGAUGGAUCCUAAGAUGGAUGCAGGCAUGAUGUGCAACCAGUCUGGUCACAAGGUACUCAAUCUACAACAGAGCAUCGAAGCAGGGAGAUUAAAGACUGCAGAUCUCACCAAUCAUGAACUCAUUGGCAUCAUGGAUACAACAUUCGCUUGCUUGGCAACUUGGUUAGAAGGUCAUUCACUAGCUCAGACGGUCUUCACCAACCUGUACGCUCACAACCCUGACCUGAUCGAUGACCGCUGUCUCCGAGCAUUCUCCCUGGUCAUUCUCAAGAUGGUUGACACCAUCAAGGACAAGGUCAUGAGGGCUGGAGUCUUUGAAGAGGAGGACUUCCAGUCUAUGACCUAUGGUUUUAAACUUGCCCACAAUGUGACAGAGCUACGAGUUGUUGGUAUGCUCAAAGAAAUAGAAGAAGACUACAACAGAAGAGUCAGGAGUACAAGGGCAAGACAGGGGGAAGACAGGGAUACUGCUACCGAAUUAGAACAUGAAGAGAGUAUCGCAGUCGUGUCAAGGAUAAAGUUUUGUAGGAUGUUUUAUUCAGCUUUGCUCGCAUUCACAAAGAAAGAGAUCAAACAAUCAGUUGAAGAAGGCAAGAAAUUACUACUCCUUGCAUUAGACCUACUACCACCUAUACAGAAGACAGUUGAAUUAGGAGAUCCACAAGUCAUAUCAGAAAAUGAGUCAUCACCAGCCAUGCCAGAUUACCCGAACAUGAUGGGCUUUGAGCCAUUAGUCAAUCAACGUCUGCUGCCCCCAACGUUCCCACGGUAUGCCAAGAUAAUCAGUCGGACGGAUGCCAUUUCAUAUUUAGAAGGUCUGGUGACGAGACUGAGAACAGUUUGUGAGGUCACCAGCUUGACAUCCUUUCAUUCCAUAGUAGAUUUCUUUACAGAGUUCAGCAAGCAAUGUCCCUGCGUUCUCUCAAGGUCAGUUCUUCAGCAGAUCUUCCUGCCAUACAACAACAAGAAAGUCUUUGGUGUGGAACUGGUCCAGGAGUGCUUGAGGGAUACCAUGAGGGGGUUUGUUUGUCCCCCGGUCCUAGCUCCAAGGUCACCAAUCUACAACAAUGCCCAAGCCAAGGAGAUGGCUGACUCUAUGUUGAUGCACUCGGUCAGGCCGAUGUGCUCCCUUAUCCAGAUACACGGUCACAACCGAGCCAGGCAAAGGGAUAAGUUUGGGCAGCUCCUGGAGGAGCUUGCUACCCUCCAGGAUCAAGCGGAGAAGGUCGAUGCCAGCCUCCACACCAUCAUGUCAAAGGCAGAGGUUCGCAAGACGUACGAAGCAUCCUUCAGCUGCUGGGUCAUGUACCACACGCUACGCACCAUGAUACUCUACGUUCAGUCGGGAUUCGAGCUGGAGCUUUAUGGCAUUCAUGAAUACCACUAUAUAUUCUGGUACCUAUCAGACUUCCUAUAUGCCUGGUUCAUCUCUACAUUGAGUCAAGCAGACAGCAUGUUAGGUGAUCAUGAAUCACAGUAUACAGAACCCCAGGGCAAAGGUCGUAGUAACAAGAAGAAGGCCAAGAGAAAGAGACCAAGACCUCUGGAACGAGAGCUUGCCCUCAGUAAGGCACAACAGGCACUCUGUUCAGGCUACUAUAAGGCCGUGAUGGGCUUCCGACUAGACAGCAAGAUCAAGCAACCCAACUCAGAGUUCGACAACGAGAAGGUCCGCUUUGAACAUCGCUUCAAUGCCUUUGCCACAAUCCUCACCCCACCCCUGGUGCAAUAUGAUCAGUUCUGUGAAAUCACUACCCCUAAGGCAGGUGACACCCCACCCAGGUCAUUGGCCCUCUAUGGGACAGCGUCGGAGCUCUUCUCGCAUGCUGCGGAACUCUUGGACAAAGUCCCAAGUCCUAAUGCAGAGAUCCAGAGUCUUAUCAGAGUUGCCAAGACAAACAAUGUGGUAUUGAGAUUACUUGUAGGAGGGCAUAAGAGAGACUCUCAAGCGCCACCGCAAUUUGAUUUUAACACUCAUCGGACUUUCCCCAUAAUUAAGCUGGUUUGAUAAGUAGCAGAGCACAGUGAGAGCAAGAUGGACUUUUAAGCUGGUUUUGAAAUUAAUGGAGCAGUGACUCCUUUACUCUUCACUCGUUGGAUGUUCUUCAAUGAAUUUUUGUGACAGUGAGAGUAAGAGGAACGUUUUACCUGGUUUGAAAAUAAGCAGAACAAAGCGUUCAUGGUCUACACUCGGGAGUUUCUUCAGUGAAUUUUGAUGAAAGUGAGCAAAAAAAGCUUUAGAACACGUACUCACAUUUUCUACAUCCAUGGGAUUUUCUUUCAGUGAACUCGUCUAAAGCUAGUGCAAGAAGGGUAAAAAAUAAUGAUUUGAAUGCAGCCUCUUAGGGGCUACACUGUAUCAAAUUUGCUGAAUUUCGUGCCUUACGGUCGCGUGUUGCCAACAGCAUUAGUGACAGGGCAGUAAGUGCGACAUUCAACUCGGGAGAACUAAACACUAACCAAUGGCUAUGCAAGAAAAAUAUCAACAUCAAUGAAUCAAAACCAGGAAUAUUCUGAUCUAUAUGUAAGUAGUAUAAUGAACAUGUGUAGAUUAAAACAAAAUAAAUGAAUAGUUUGAAAAACUAACAUUAAAUAAGACAACAAACACCGUUAUCAAAACAUCACACAUGACAAAAGUGAAUAAAACAAAACAAAUUACUGAUAGAGACUGAGAAGGAAUCAGAAUGUAGAAGACAGAGAAAACAAUAUAAAAUGAUCAAAGCAUCUAUCAAUAUUAAGGCAAUUUCAACGUAUCGGAACCCGUCUUGAUCGAGUGGUGGUACAAAUUAAACUUAUUUGCCCAACAAUGUGUCCCAGUGCUGAAUAUUUUUUAGUGGAAAAUAGACCUGAGAUAUAACUGUAUAAUGUUAUUAUUGUAUGGCAAAACUAUACUUCGCAUUCCUGCAUCAAUCGGACCCUUGGGAUCAUAGUGUACAUAAUCAUAAGGUAAGAAUUUUUUUUUUUAAUACGAAAAGGUAGGGAGGCGUGAUAGCUAAGUCGGUAGAGCGGGGGUUUCGGAUUCUGGUGACCCGGGUUCGAUUCCCAAGUGGUGCGCUAGUGCCCUUUGGUAAGGCAUUUAUCCUUAUUACCAGGUCCCUCGGAGAGGACCUUAAGCCGUUGGUCCCCUGGUUGCUUGCUCACAGGCAUUCAUGCUUUCUUAGCAGUCAGGUAAAACAACCUUGGUAUAACAAUACAUCUCGGUUACAGCAAUCAGACACACCAAAUUAUGUAUCAGUUGUCCCCAGAAGAAAAAUCCUUUAAAACUAACUGAAAGUCCUAUAUACAGCAAUAGCGGACAGUCUUACAGUACGACGAAAAAUUUUCCUUCUCUUUUCCAUGCCCAAACAAGGUUUUCAAGUCCGAAAUGUUAAACUAGCUGCAGUCCUUCAUAGAAUACAAACAACUAUUUCCUUCAUGUCCAUUGCGGCGGCUUCAUCCUCAAAUACGGAUUGUCAAUGAAGUGUAGAAUUGAAGACAAAAAGCGGAGAACUUCGCACGAACAUUUUCCUUCUCAGGAAGAGAGCUGGGAAUAAUGUAUAAUUAAUUGUCUUGGACGGAGGAGGGGCACUCAACAGGUCAUGUCGAAUCGUGGAUACUUGUUGUAGCCGUCUACCCUUCACUAAACCGGACACAUGGUUUAUUCCUUUGACCAAGUCCAUCUGGACAUGUUCUGUGUAAACUCUCGCCUCGCCGCCUUGUUGGUCAACCUUGCUGUUCAAAUUAUCAUAAUUAAUUGUCUUGGACAGAGGAGGGGCACUCAACAGGUCAUGUCGAAUCGUGGAUGCUUGUUGUAACUGUUCCCGUCUACCCUUCACUAAACCGGACACAUGGUUUAUUCCUUUGACCAAGUCCAUCUGGACAUGUUCAGUGUAAACUCUUGCCUCGCCGCCUUGUUGGUCAACCUUGCUGUUCAAAUUAUCAUAAUUAAUUGUCUUGGACGGAGGAGGGGCACUCAACAGGUCAUGUCGAAUCGUGGAUGCUUGUUGUAGCUGUUCCCGUCUACCCUUCACUAAACUGGACACGUGGUUUAUUCCUUUGACCAAGUCCAUCUGGACAUGUUCUGUGUAAACUCUUGCCUCGCCGCCUUGUUGGUCAACCUUGCUGUUCAAACUAUCAACGGAACAUUUGAGAGUAUCUAUAUCCUUCAUAAGAGACGAUAAUUCGGCUGAGAACCGUUUCUCCAUAGACGCUAUGGCCUCCAACAUUCUUUCGUUAUCGUUAUUAUUUGUUUGGUCCUCCAUCUUUCGUUUGUGCCCCAGUUGACCACAUGUCUGUUACACAGGGAGGGGCGUGUGGGUAAAGAUGAACCCCUUUCCCUUAUUGUUCUCCACAUCGAUGCUGUGCGAUUCUCCAACGACAACUGAUAUCAGGGAAUAAGAUUUCUCAUCGCAUAUUGGCGUCAGGGGUGAUGCGAAUCCACUGUCACUCCCAUUGCCCCCAUCAUGCCCAUGGAGUGAACCCGGUAGGUACUGGAAUGCCAUUGGUGAUUUUGGAAAGAAUGAAAGCAGAACGUCUGAACUGGCUUAAUGUUAGAAGAGUGAGAAUGAGGAUAUAUUGAAGGUCGGGAGAAGAGGGUAGUGACUAAAAUAUGCAGUUUAUGACCCAAAAUUUACAAGUUGAGCCGAGUCGGAUGUCGUGUCCUUCGGCCGCUCUUCAGCACCUCGAGAUAAUCUUUGGGGCUAGUCUGGGUACCAGCCUGUCGUUGAUUUUGAUAGGCCAAUGUUUUGCAAACGUUAGAGACAAUUCCGUCACCCAGGAUGGUACAUUAGAUGAAGUGAAUGGUUUUAGUCCGUCGUGGUGGAGAAUCGUUGAUUUUCCACGUUGAUUACUGCAAACCUCAAAAAUUAGUUCACUCAACUUCCUAGUGAUAACACUAUCGUUCACGCUUUAAUUUUGGAGAUAGGCCCUUGUGCCUGCAAGAAUCAAGUGGGUAGACUAAGUCGCCUACUUCAUAAUUGUUGACCGACAUUUGGAGGUCAUAAUUUCGUUUCUGCCUCGACACAUUCAUUCCAGUAUGCUCGCGAGCUAUCCUUUGAAAUGUUUCAUUGUAUGGGCCAUAUUGCAAACAAACGUUCCAAUGCCACCUGGCUCAUUGUCCGGAUUCUCAAUGUCGAGUGCAAACUCUAGGGGUGUCCUUACGUCACGACCGAGCAUUAGGAAAUGAGGAGAAAAGCCUGUAGUCUCGUGUGAAGUACUUCUAUACCCCGCUGUCAAAAUGGGUAGAUUAAUGUCCCAGUCUUUCUGGUUUUGAUUCACAAAAGAGGCAAUCAUGUUUGCAAGUGUCAGAUUGAACCUCUCAAUCAUUCCAUUCGAAGAGGGAUGGUAAGGGGUUGUUCUAGUCUUUGUAAUCCCAAGCAAUUUACAUGCAUCUUGAAAUACAGUAGAUUCAAAUGUUCUGCCCUGGUCGGAAGGAAGUUCCAGGGGUGCUCCAAAUCGAGAUAUGAAUUCAUUUACGAGCUUCUCGGCAGUCUGAUCGGGGAUAGCAUAUGCCUCAAUCCAUUUUGUGAAUGCAUUGCCGACUACCAAAAUAUAUUUAUUUCCGUUGUCACUCACGGGAAGUCCUCCCAUAAUAUCAAUAGCUACUCGAUCCAUGGGGUGGCCAACAUUAUAUUCGCCCAGCGGUGCUCUUGGUUUUGAUGCUGGAUACUUCCUUGAUGCACAUAUCACACAAUUCCCAAUGAAAGCCCGCACAGAUUCAUUAAUAUUAAACCAGUAGAAGCUGCGUGAUAUUCGACUCAAUGUCCUUUUAACUCUCAUGUGGCCAGCAAAGCCUGAUGUAUGAUUUGUCUCCAUCACAACGUGCUGUAACUCCUCCGGUACAACAAGCCAUCAACCAUUUCUAACUGUUGCCAUGACAACCAUAGAUUCCUUACAGUCGGGCUCUUAUGUGUAAGGCUGCGAGCUGGUCUGUCCGGGGAAUUGGUGAGCCAGUCGAGCACAAUCGACACAUCAAUAUCAUCUCGCUGCAUUUUGAGCAAUUCCUCAUGUGUAAGAUUUCCAACUAUGACACCCUGGUUUACACUAAUUCUAUGCUUAUCCACCUUUUGUCUUCUUCUGCUGCUUUGAAACACCUCUUGCUCUCAUAAGCCUACUUGAGAUCUGCCAGGACCUCCCGUAGACUUUGCUGCCCCAUCCAUAACAUAGGCAAUACUAACAUUAUACCAGCACACCACGACGACUCCAAUUAAACACAUGAUCAUAUAAUUCCAAAUAUAAUUCUGUAUCUUGACAAUACACGACUAACACCUGCAGCAAACUCGACGACAACAACAACUACGGCAGCUAACCACUUCAUACGAGAUAAAUUCUUCUUCACAUAUGGUGCCCCUUUGGCUGAAGGAGCUGUUUGAGCUUGGGUGGAUACCGACAGUUUUUCUGUUGGCUGGACACCCUUCACAGAAAGAGGGACAACAUCGUCCUCUUCGAAGAAAACAGACCAUUCGCGAUGUUGCUUCUCACAUGUACUACAUCCACCGCACGGUAAUUCCUCGAUUAUUGACACUCCAUCAUAACAAUCACAAACAUCGGGUUCGCAUGGAAUUCUAGAUAAUGCAUCGGCAUUACCAUGCUUCCUCCCAUCUCGGUGCUCGAUCACGAACUCAAACUGGGACAGGACUUCGAUCCACCUGGCCAUUUGAUCAGUAGGCUCUGGGAACGACAUUAUCCAUCAAAGGGAUGAAUGGUCAGUUCUAAUCAAGAAUUUCCUACCGAGCAAAUAAUGACAAAAGUGGCUGACAAACAAGACAACUGCUUAUAGUUCACGGCAUGUAGUGCAGUACCGCCACUGUGUCUUGGUAAGAGAACGGCUAGCGAAGGCUAUUGGUCUUUCCAAAUCACACUGGGCAGUUUUAUCCCAUUGAAUCUGCGAGAGCACCGCCCCGACACCAGUUGAUGACGCAUCAGUAUCAAGAAUGAACAUACCCUUAUCAUUUGGAUAUGCCAUGAUAUUGUUGCUUGUGAUUGCCGUCUUAAGCUCAUCAAAUGCAAGUUGACACCUGUCAUUCCACUCGAAUGUGCUAGAUUUCCACGUAGGGUUAGUUAGGGGAGCCGCGAUGGAUGAAAACCUGCAAUUAAAUCUUCUGUAAUACAUGUAGGAGCAAAGACUCACAAAGGAUCUGAUUUGACUGACUUGGAUGUAGGCCGUUGAUUAAUCCUAUGUAUCUUCUCUGGGUCAGGUUUUAUUCCUUCAGCACUUACUACAUGUCCCAGAUAAUAAACCUCCGGUUUCAGAAGGUGACAUUUACUGGGUUUAAGUUUGAGAUUUGCUAUACCGAGACGAUUAAGUACCUCAUCCAGCCUCUCGAUGUGCUCAUCGAAGGUUGAACCAAGAACAAUUUUAUUGUCAAGAUAAGGAGCAAAGUCUUCCACUUUAAACCCUUCAUGAUCAGCUCCAUGGCCCGCUCAAAUGUGCUUGAUGCAUUACAUAAGUGAAACGGCAUUGUAAUGUAUUCGUUGUGUCCGCUUCUUGUGCUAAAUGCUGUCUUCUCUCGGUCCUCCUUAAUUUCUAUCUGCCAGUAUCCUGAUUGUCCAAAGUGCUAAAAACUAGCACCUCCUAUACAAUCGAGGCAAUCCUCGAUACGGGGCAGGGGAUAAGCGUCUUUAGUAGUUACUUCAUUUAGCUUGCGAUAAUCGACGCGCAGUCUUGUUGUCCCGUCUCGUUUCUUGACGUACAUCAACGGACUGGACCAUGCGCUUGUCGAGUUGCAGAUUAUUCCUGACUCAAUUGAGUUUGAAUUAUCUCCUCUUCAUCUGCGAACGCCUGUGGGGGCCGUCUGGGCCUCUGCUUAAUAGGUGUUGCAUCACCGGUGUCGAUAGCAUGUUUAACUAAUGAUGCCCUCCCCAAUUCAGUUGGAGAAGCUGCAAAUGUCGACUUAUGUUUAUCAAGUAAUUUAGCUAACUUCUCCUUCUCAUCCGCUGAUAAGUCCUUACAGCUUCUGUCAUGUAAUGACUUUAAAUCAGCAGCCCAAUCCUCAAACACAGUUGCUCCAGAUGCAGAGUUACUUUUCAUCACUUCAACCGGCAGCGAAAAAGCCUCAUCCAUACAUUCCCCGUGCACAUCGUCUACUUGUUGAAGAUUUGCAAUCUUUGUCCCAGGAUGCACAUGUAUAUCCUCAUCAAGUGCAUUGGCUACGCAAACUGGUAAGUCGAUAUCCUUCCUACUGAUAUCGAUUAAGCAACUAGCUACAUGUAUCGGCUGUAAUGUCUCCCUGUCACCCAUGGGUUCAAUCAAUCCAUAGGGCAAAUCGCCUGGUUCUAAUUUGGAAGUAUCCGCACUACUGGCAAUGAUAAACGCUGAGUUAGCUGGGAUGAUGACGUCACUCUUCACUGUCACACUGCAGCUUACUUGAUCGCACACAAUCUGACAGCGAAACAGACGAUCGUUCAGGCGGAGCCCACGCCUCGGUUCGAGAACAAAAUUAAAGUGGUGUAUGAAAUCAAAUCCGAGAAGGCCCUCGUCACAUAUAUCAACAAAUACAUUCCACUUGAAUACAGCUAGAAUCAUGUUUUGAUCACCCAGUCCUCUCAAGAAAUGGCAUGUACUAAUUGUUUCUAUUGUGUCGACGUCGGCACUGGGGUAGCCGAAAGUUGUGAGCUUUCUAACGUCGGUGGCGUAAUCAGCAAUUAAUUCUUUAGGCCCAAGAUGUCUUGCUUCCAGCUGAGAAACGAAUGAUGCUGGGGUUUUCCUAUUUUUCGAAUCUUUCAUUUAAUGCUGCUACAAGCUUGUCAAAGUUUCCUGUCGGAAGUAAGCUGUUGGAAGGCGAAAUCGGCAGCAUCCCCUCGCAGGCAUGCCAACAUCCGAAAUCGUUUUUCCUCAUCAUUUGCAUUCCAAUCACAAGCUUCAGCGAUGUUGUGGAACGAAAAUAUGAAACUCCCAGGGGCGCAUCCCAUCAAAAUAUUCCUGAUGCGGAAGCUGAAUAGAAGCUCUGUGGUCAUGGUGGUUGUUGGGGCCGAUAAUUUGAACCUCGCUGUCGUAAUCAUCUCCAUUUGAAACUUGGGAAUGUAGUCUCGCCUGAUCAAGCUCAACUUUCAGCUGCUUGAUCUCUUGUUCUAAGUCUGUCUUUCUCCUCCUUCCAGGCAUAUCGACUAACGUGUUGAAGUUCAAUAUCCCAUAAGGGGGUUGGAAAUUACUAAUCCGCUAUAACGUAAGCUCGCAAAGAUAUCACUGAAAUCACCAACUGUUUGUUUCCUCCUCUCUCAUAGACUCUGUAUAAAUCUCUAAGUUCUCGUUAAAGUUCUUAAUUCUCUGACCAAAUUCUCUUCACGUCAAAUAUGUAAAUCUUUUAUCUCUGCACUUUUCUGUGUUCUCUCACAUAUGAGGAGCAGCAAAUUAAAGAUAAAGAGAACUGACUUUUA